UUCAGAACGGGUUGCGCCAGUUCCAACCUAGGUUCAAAAACGAAUUCGACAUAAGAAUAGCAUAUUUUUGAGUUUUUCAAAAGGUUGAUCAUACGAUUUUCAUUCAUCCAUUUGUCUGAGUGUGACAAAAUCAUAUCCGCAUUUUGUGUGCUGUCGUUGUUGUUGUCGAAGAAUCAAUCAUGUCGCAAUCCAACAACAUUUACCUGCAAAGCUCCCCAGCAGUGGCCUUCACGGUGCUAAGCGAAAUUUUGGCCAGCAGUGGCUUCCCGAUCGACGAGCCGGAUCCUCGCCGAAUCGCUCAAGUACUCAACCCAAAUAAACCUGCACCGCCCAUGGUCAUGGUUUCGAUCCCAGUGGACGACCUUGUGGAGGAACAUUAUAGAGAAACGACACCGGUAAAGGUAUCCCUCGCUCCACCCGGGGACACUGUUUCCCACGAACAAGUACCCCGUUCGUUGCAUUUUGCCAAAGGUGGUGCUGGUGGUGGACCAACGACGAGUACUCCGCUCUCCACAAUUCCCCGAAUGAUCAAUCUUGACCAUUUUAACGACGUUGAGAUGGCACUGCUGGAACAGUGCUCGCUCAUCGACGAGGAGAACAUGGAACUGUCCUACCUGAGGCAAACGCUGUCGCUGAGCAUGCUGGAAGCGGAGUUCCUGCGAAUGCAGCUGAGGAUGUUCAAUCUGAAGGCGCGUUCCAUUUUGGAACUGUUUCAGUACUGCGAUGGCUCCAAUGCCGGUUUCUGUCGUUGUCCUGAGAUUCGCAAGCGUAUCUUCGAGAUGGGAAUUUUGGUUCAACGCCAAUGAUACAUACGUAGGUAUUCAUCUUGUUGACUUCACACAUGUUUAUUUUCAAUGAUUGACGAUUUGAUAUUAUUCAUGAAAUUUUGUGUUAAUGGAUUCGCGAGUUUAACGGAUUCAAUAUCCGUCCGGUGAUCAGUGCCAGGUCCAACUCCUUGUCAAGUAUGCAGAAUAAAAAUGGGUAGUUGAUGGCCAGCUCGAUAGGGUUUUUAUACAGUGACGUAAAUCCUGAAAAAAUAAAAGAAAUGUUUAAGCGAAAU